AGAUAAUAAUUCUCACCCAACAACGUUCAGUUCAUUCUUUUCCAACCUUGAACAACUUUAGUUUCUUUAACUUCAUCUCGCAAACGCGCCAUAUUAUCAAUAUGUCGUGGAGAAACCAAGGUAUCACUGGAUCGAACAACAUUCCUCUCGGCAAAAGCCGAAGGUUUGGAGGUGAAGGAGACGAUGCGAUCGGAACGCGCGAAGGCAGUAGUGAUGGCUUCAGUGCUUCCAACAACGGCGACCGUGACUUGAAGCGCGGUCGCAGCCCCGAGCCUAGAACCGAAGCCGAUGGAACUCGACGCCGAAAGAAACGAAACCGAUGGGGUGAUGCAUCCGAGAAUAAAGCUGCUGGUCUCAUGGGUCUCCCAACAGCUAUCGUCGCCAACAUGACCAGCGAGCAGUUAGAGGCAUACACCUUACAUCUACGGAUUGAAGAAAUCAGCCAGAAGCUGAGAAUUAACGACGUCGUUCCAGCCGAUGGCGACCGUUCGCCAUCUCCCCCACCGCAGUACGACAAUCAUGGUCGUCGUGUUAACACUAGGGAAUACCGUUACCGCAAGCGUCUUGAAGACGAGCGUCACAAGCUAGUCGAGAAGGCUAUGAAGACUAUUCCUAACUAUCAUCCACCUCAGGACUACCGCCGGCCCACCAAGACCCAAGAGAAGGUCUACGUGCCGGUCAAUGACUAUCCAGAGAUUAACUUCAGUGAGAUUGCUAACCCUCUAACCUUUCUAACCAUAUUCUUGCCCCUUCUUGUUCAGGAGAUUGCCAGGAGUGCCGUCGUAUUUCGACGGGUGACAUGCCAGAUCCUGGCCUCGUCUAACUCGCACCCAUGCUUUAACUGUCUUACUACAUAUACUAACACCUAGGUCUUCUUACUAAAAUUGCCAUCCGCGGAAAAGGUUCCGUGAAAGAAGGCAAAGGUCGGUCUGAUGCUGCUCACGCUAGCAACCAGGAAGAGGAUCUUCACUGCUUGAUCAUGGCAGACACUGAGGAGAAAGUUAACAAAGCGAAGAAGCUUAUCCACAAUGUCAUUGAGACUGUGAGUAUUAUGGGUCUGUUUGACUUGCGG